AGUCAGUACAGGGAUCCCAAAGGCUGUGGAAGUGGAAGCAGUGCUGGAUCCUGUGUCAAUGUGACAUUUCUCUGUGUGCAUCCCAUCCUGUGACUCCUGGAACCGUGUCACUGUACCUGGACUCGUCCUCUGAGGGUGAUGGGUAGGAAGGACUGUGUGGAAGCCUGGAAUGGAGCCGAGAAGUCAGACGCCCUGUGCACCCAUUCGGAGAGCAUUGGUUCGAAGGAAAAGAUGCAGGAACGAGGGCAAUGGAGCAAUAAAGUCGAGUUUGUCUUGUCCGUUGCCGGUGAAAUUAUUGGUCUCGGGAAUGUUUGGAGAUUUCCUUAUCUCUGCUAUAAGAACGGAGGUGGAGCCUUCUUCAUCCCUUAUCUAAUCUUCCUUUUCACCUGUGGAAUUCCGGUCUUCUUCCUUGAGACAGCACUGGGCCAGUACACCAGCCAAGGGGGUGUCACCGCCUGGAGGAAAAUCUGCCCCCUCUUUGAAGGCAUCGGCUAUGCCUCGCAGGUGAUUGAGUCCUACCUGAACAUCUAUUAUAUUGUUAUCCUUGCCUGGGCUCUCUUUUAUUUGUUCAGCUCAUUUACAGCCGACCUGCCUUGGGCUUCUUGCAACCACACCUGGAAUACAGAAAACUGUGUUGAUGACAUCAAAUAUUCUCAGAAUUAUACAGCAUCUCCAAAUGAUACUUCGCCAGUGGUGGAAUAUUGGGAGAAACGGGCACUUGGCUUGUCCUCCGGGAUUGAGCACCUGGGAUCGAUCCGCUGGGAACUGGCACUGUGUCUCCUCCUUGCUUGGAUCAUCUGUUACUUCUGUAUCUGGAAGGGCGUCAAAUCCACUGGAAAGGUUGUAUACUUCACUGCUACCUUUCCAUACGUGAUGCUGCUCGUCCUAUUGAUUCGAGGAGUGACGCUCCCUGGAGCCUACGAUGGGAUUGUGUAUUAUCUGAAUCCAGACAUCAGCCGGCUGAAGGACCCUCAGGUAUGGAUGGAUGCAGGGACUCAAAUCUUUUUCUCGUAUGCCAUCUGUCAGGGGUGUCUGACUGCACUUGGGAGCUACAACAAGUACAACAACAACUGUUACAGGGACUGCAUGGCACUGUGCUUCCUGAACAGCAUCACCAGCUUCGUGGCGGGCUUUGCCAUCUUCUCUGUUUUGGGGUUCAUGGCCCGGGAACAGGGGGUUCCUAUUUCUCAAGUGGCAGAGUCUGGUCCUGGACUUGCUUUUAUUGCCUAUCCGAAAGCUGUAACAAUGAUGCCUGUGUCACCUCUUUGGUCAUGCCUCUUUUUCCUUAUGCUCAUCUUCUUGGGACUGGACAGUCAGUUUGUCUGUGUAGAGAGCCUGGUGACAGCCAUUGUUGAUAUGUUUCCUGAGGUGUUCCGGAAGAAAUAUCGACGUGAAUUCCUCAUUCUGGCAAUAGCCAUCAUCUGCUAUUUCCUGGGACUUAUCCUUCUGACUGAGGGUGGGAUGUACGUCUUCCAGCUUUUUGAUUAUUAUGCUGCCAGUGGGACCUGCUUGUUGCUGGUUGCCAUCUUUGAAGUGGUUUGUGUCGGCUGGGUGUAUGGAGCUGAUCGAUUCUAUGAUAAUAUUGAGGAUAUGAUUGGUUAUCGGCCAUGGCCGCUGAUAAAGUUCUGCUGGUUGGUUGCCACCCCUGCUGUCUGUAUGGGCACCUUCCUCUUCUCCCUAAUCAAAUAUACACCCCUGAAGUACAAUAAUCGCUAUGUGUACCCACCAUGGGGUUAUGCUAUUGGCUGGCUCAUGGCUAUCUCCUCGAUGAUCUGUAUCCCGGUCUACGCCGCAUAUAUCAUGCUAAGGACCAAAGGUCCAUUCACACAGAGGCUGAAGCAGCUGGUGACCCCUCAUGCUGACCUUCCUCAGCCGAAGAAGUAUUUGUCAGACUGCGACAGCACUACCGGUAGGAAAUGUGUAGCAUUGAGCAUGGAAGUCAAGGAUGGACUUAUUGCUCCUGACAAAGAGACACGGUUCUGAUGCAGGAAGAAAAAUCCAGUACAGUAAUCCAGGGACCGGUUAAGAAGAAGGACUUUACUGCCCAGCCUAUAUAUGGACUUCUAACAGAACCUACAACUCAAACAUUUUACUUGUCUCAUCCUUUCCCAUGCUUUUGUAUCUUCACCAGUGGGUUGUGUCCCUAAAUCUAAAGCCUGGGUUCACCAAAUUAUGACAUAUAACUAACCUUCUGUGGGGGUUUAGCAGCCCUGGUUGUUAAUGGAAAAGUGGUGGUCCCAGAUACAUUUGAUACUUUUUUUAGAUCUUUUUUUUAAAAGAUGAGUAGACCACCAAUUGGUCUCCAGUUCUAGACCGUGUUGUCCACUGUCCGAUUUAGUGGGGCCUAUACAUGUGUCAGUUGGUCAUGCAGUUUUAUUAGUUUGAGUUGAAAGUGAGAUGUAGAUACAAUCAUAAAAAAGUGGCUACGUCAUCAUAUGGCUCUUUGGAAAAGUUGAAAGAUGUAAUAAUCAAAGAGCAAUGUCUUUCUCUAUUUUAAUAUUAUAUACAGCUGUUGGGUUCUAAUCAUGCCCAUUUUGAUCAAAGGAUCUUUUGUAUACAACAAGCAUUCAAAUCCAGUCUUAUCGUAGGACUAUCUGUGGGCCAGUUGUGUGAAAUAAUCAAAAGCAAGAAACAGUUGUAUUCCAUAUAAACCUUAUUGGACUGUAGAAUAGUUCUUAUCCAUUACCCUGUUUUUUCACCACGCCAAUAUUUUUUCACUUCCAGUAUAUCUUGAACUUAACAGCACAUACAGUAUAUGAAUUCUGAUGGAUUUCUGUUACAAGCAUUCGGCUACCACCAGAAGGCAGUGUGGUAGCAUUCCUCCAGCGUGCUCAGUGCCAGUGCUUUGUGUAUAACCAGGUGACCAACCCAGAGAUAUUAGAUGUUAUAGUAAAUAGAAAGUCACAUGGUUUUCUGGCAGUCCCUGGAAAAGCUAUAUUACUAGGUUUUAUAUUGACUUCAUAAAUAGGAGUGACUAGUUU